AUGCGCGAAAGCCUGGGUCAGAAGCGGAGCGAGCUGCUCAGCUUCUACGAGCACGAUAUCCGGGUCGGUAAAGAGUCCAAUGACGUCAGCUCGGACGAUUUCGCCGAUCGGGCGAACAACUCCUACAACCGUGAGCUGAUGUUUUCGCUUUCGGACACCGAACGCGGCAUGCUGCUUCAAGUAGAGGCCGCUCUGGAGCGCCUCGACAGCGGCGAGUUCGGAGCGUGCACCCACUGCAAUCGGUCGAUCGGCAAGCCGCGGUUGAACGCUGUGCCGUGGGCGCGUUACUGUAUCGACUGUCAAGAGUUAGAAGAGAAGGGCUUGCUCAACGACUGA